AGCUUUGAAUGUGUCCGUUAUAGAGUCUAUGGGGAUUAAGAUGCUCCCAGGCUACAAAGACCCUUAUCAUGGACGACCUCUCACUAAGGGUGAACUGGGUUGUUUCCUCUCUCAUUAUAACAUCUGGAAGGAGGUGAGACACUCAAAUAUCAAGCUCCACCUGCACAAGGCUGAUAAUGAUUAAAACAAAAGUCAUUUUGUCCAUAAAGACUAUUUACUGAGAUAAAUGAAAUUGUUUUUUGAGUUUUGAUGCAUAUAAGCAUUUUGUGUUUUCUUGUCUUCUUGUUAAGGUCAUCUGUUGAUCAGAAUAACCAUAUGUACUGUUUCUGUUUUAAAGGUAUCCAUGAUUAGUUGUAACAUUAGACUUAAUUUGAUGACCAUUUAUUUUAAC